UUUCCUUGCCCGGUUGCACUGGCUGGACCCCUCCUUAGCAUGGCAGUGAGAAGAGGAGGUGAGCACAGACAUUUUUGUCUUGUUCCUGAUCUUAGAGGGAGAUCAUUCGGUCUUCAGCAUUAGCAUUAGGUGCUACGGUUGCUGUAGGUUUUUCACAGAUGCCCCUUAUCAAUUUGAAGAGGUUAUCUUGUAUUCUUAGUUUGCUGAGAAUGGUUUUUUUUUUUUUUUUAAUCAGGAAUGUUGGAUUUUGUCAAAUACAUUUUCCGCAUCUGUUGAUACGAUCACAUGGAUUGUCUUUUACUUCUUUAAUAUGGUGAAUUACAUAGAGUGGUACAGCAACCUUGCAUUCUGGAGCAAAACCCACUUGUUCAUCAUGUAUUAUCCUUUUCGUAUGUCGUCGGAUCCACUUUGCUAAAAUUCUGUUUGGAGUUUCGUGUCUGCGUUGGUGAGCGGUCAUGGCCUACCGUUUCCUUUUCUCGUAGCGUCCCAUCUCUCAGGGAUGGCUAAGCGUUGUUGCCUCAUGUCCCUUAUCUUGAAGGUAGACGUCGUCCUCUCUUUCACUUGUUUCAGGUGGGAGGGGACGCUCCCCAUUGUGCAGCUCAGCCGGAAGCGGAGUCCUCCUGGGGCACAGGGGGCCCUCGUUUAGACUCACGGUUCUGGCUUGUUAGACGUCAACAGGUGAAGGGCGCCAACCACCCGGACUCCUGCUCAGUCCGGACGGCUCCAGAGGCUCCUGUGUCACACAAAGUGCGGCCCUGCAUUCCCAUCACGCUGCAUCCUUGGGACUGGCGCGAAGAGAGCUAGUUCGGCUUGCCAGCUAGAACGCGCACCUGCUCCACUGCACGCACACUCUCCAGACACUCGGUGCCUGCCCGGGAACCCCAGUGUCCACAUCCACGCACAGAGUUCUUUAGGGAAAAAGUGUUAAGAUCGUGAGAUUCUUCUUCUUUUACUUCUCUGGCAACUACUGCUAAUUCCUGCAUGUCCUGGUUUAAUAAGAAAGCCUGCAGGCUCCUCUCCAAAAGAGUCGGCCCUUUCUUCUAGCCUAGCACACUCCCCUCGGAGGAGGAAACUCACUCCUGAGACCCUCCGCCUUCUCCUCCAAGUAUUGCCCCCUCCACCUGCUCUUCUUGCAGACCCAGUGCUCUGUAAGGGAUGCCAUUCACCCUGCGCUGUGAUGCCAGCGUGUUCUCUUAUCUAGGAACAACUAUUGAAUCUGGAGAAGGAGUUACGUACUCCGUGCCCAUCGUUGAUGGCUGUCCUUUGCACCAGUCGAUCUUCCAGGUGGAUGUGGCCGGCCAAGACCUAACCUUAUACCUCUGCAAACUCUUGGCGGACAAUGGGCACCUUUUGGUGGGCACAGGUGACCGGGAGUGGGUCCGGGACAUGAAGGAGAACUGCUGCUACGUGGCCUUGGACUUCGACAAGGAGAAGAUGAAGACCGACUCGCCUUCCCACCAACAGAAGUACCAGCUGCCCGACGGCCAGGAGAUCACCCUGGGGCAGGAGCGCUUCCUCUGCCCCGAGGUGCUCUUCCAGACGGACCUCGUAGGGAAAAACACCCUUGGCAUCCACAUGAUGGCCUUCCGGAGUGUCAGCUCCUGCAAGCCCACCCUCUGGAAGGUCCUCUUCAAUAACAUGCUAUUGUCUGGAGGGACUGGCUCCUGCUCCGGCCUGGGCUGCCGGAUGCAGAGAGAACUAUCUGGCCUGGUGUCGCCUGGGUUAUCCGUGAAGGUCUCUCAAGGCUUUUAUGCGCCAUGAACUUUUGCUAAAUCGGAGUGGAAGGCCACUGCUUAGCCCAGUAUGGAAAACGAACCAGAACUGAAUAUCGUACUUCUGUAAGUUUCUCGGCCACAUCGCAAAGGGGAAUUCUUGGGCCAUCUUUGUCCACCCAGCGUGUGGCCGGGUGUGUUUUGGUCCAAGCUGGUGGAGGGUACCUUUGGUCCUCAAGGUACCCUCCACCACCCCCAGCUGCCCCAGUAAAACCUGCUUUAUACGGAGCCUGCUAGUAACACCUGUUGCCUGUAACUCUGUUGUGAUUUAGCUUCUCUGCCUACUUUCUCUCCUGUCUGACCCAUCUCUGGAAGAGGUAGGGAGGUGGAUUCACCUGUAAUCAUCCAUAAAGCUCAUUAAAUUGUUCACCUAAAGAAGGGAAGAUUUCUCUCCCUCAGGCGGAUGAGCCCAUCCACCUUGAGGGAACAGCGCGUUCUAACGGGGCCAACUUUUCAAAUAAUUGUUUCUCCCAACAACCUAAACCACACUGUGAUGAAUGUUCUUGAGCAAAAAUUGUGGCCAUUAUAUCCUCUUAUCUCUUUAGAGUAGUUCCCCCCCCCUUAGAAUCCAUUUCUAGAGGUGGAUUUUCAGAGCCAGAAACUCACGCACAAUUUGAGGCUUUUUGAACAUCGGGGCCAGGUUGCCCGUGGAAACAUCCGGCCUCUCGUCACAUCCCGGUGGGGGUGAGACGGCUCCGGACCCCCGUUCAUGCCAGCACGGGACCAGCAUCUUUAAAUCCCAUUUGCCAACCUGAGAAAUGGGGGCCGGCGGAAGGUUUGUUGUUCUUUUCUGUUUUUAUUUAAAACAUGUUUUGAAGAAAAGCUAGACCAGAGGCUCCCGGGCGCCUGGCGUCGGCUGGCUACUUCUCUACCUCAUGUACGGACCCUACACAUGUUUUCCCCCCUUUCUAUUUUUCUUAAAACUCUUCCUUUCUGUUUUUCUUAAAACUGUAGUGACAAAUCUCUUAAUCAAUACCAGCAAGCAGUUUCCAAGCCAAGCCCAGUUCUGUGGUGCAACAGAGCUGCUGGGCACAGGGCCAGGGGUCUGAGAACUCGUCUGCCCCACGCACAACCACUUGGCCCUGGAGCUUGGGUUUUCCAAAUCCCGGUUCAGAGCUGUGUCCCUGCAGGUCACCGGGUGAUGCGUCUGCCUCCCUACGUCUCAGAAUGACGCACACAUUCUGCUCUUAUAUGCCCAGCACCUUAAGAAAAGUGAGUCAAUGGGCAAGAACGGCAACUGUCUGACCUUGAGCGAGUGACCUUAACCUUCCUGAACCUCUGCGCCCCUGAGGGACAAACGGGUGUAGAGACUUUGGCCUCCUCCCAGCCCAGAGAUGACCUGACUUGGUGUGAGAAAGGCUGCUCUCUCUCCUCGAAUGGAAGCCGGAAGAAAUAUAUACUUAUAGAUUUUGGCAUAAAAAGAAGAGCCAAGCAGAAGUGAGAGAAAGCCUUCAAAGCUCCACAACAUGACGCAGAAGGAAUUUCUCCAGGGUAUCUGAUUAUCGGCCAUUGACUGAUUUUGCUUAGCUCUGUUUUCUAAUUUUUCUACAGAAUACAAUAUAUGUGUAAAA